CACCGCGCCCGAGCCAUGGUGGCCAAACAGCGGAUCCGGAUGGCUAACGAGAAGCACAGCAAAAACAUCACCCAGAGGGGGAACGUAGCCAAAACCUUGAGGCCGCAAGAGGAGAAAUACCCCGUGGGACCAUGGCUGUUAGCACUGUUUGUUUUUGUGGUCUGUGGCUCAGCUAUCUUUCAGAUCAUCCAGAGCAUAAGGAUGGGCAUGUGAGGAGACCCGUGAUUUGUCUCAGCUUCCCUCUCAUGGGCUGGUAGGCGGUUGGAGGACCACAGAAGCGUGCAGCCGGGCAUCUGUGGGAAGCAAACGAGCCACCCGGAAUAGGAAAAUGGCUCUCUCGAUUGUUCCCUGAGCGCUUCGUCGUGGAUGUCAGACUAAAUUGCCUUCUCACGGGACAUCUGGGGGCGUCAGCGUUCUCAAGCAGAAAGGACAUUUUGCUUUGCUGUGGGCCACCGCAGGGGAGAGAGGGGUGGGAAGGGAGAGGGCAGCCGGUGGCAUUGCCUGCAGGUCUUCACUUGCUCUCACUCUGUCUGCAUGUGGUCCUCUGGAAGCGCGCUGGGGCUCGGUUCCUUCCCACGGAUGCAAGCUCUCCUCCACAGGGAGCUGGUUUUACAAAUAAAUGUCUUCGUUCUACCU